AUGGUUGUUAUUGGCAAUAAAAGGAAUAAAAAAGCACACAACCAGUUACCACAAAAGAAAUGUCAACAAUGGAAUGUACGUGAAAAGUUAAUGGUAUUACAUUAUCUGGAAAAUAAUGGAAGAAAUAAAUGUGGAACUGCUAAAAGAUUUGGUGUUCAACCUAAACAAAUACAUGACUGGAGUAAUAAUAAGGCAACUUUGUUAGAAACUGCACCUCAUGUUACAAAACUCUAUUCUGGUAAACCACCUAAAUAUCCAAGUUUAGAAGAUAAUUUAUUUUCAUGGAUAAGUGAAAGAAGAGCCAAACAAAAUUCAAUUAUUAGAAAAAUAAUUGUUACUAAAGUAGUAUCUUUAUCUAGAAGUCCAGAAUUUUUAGAAAAUAAUCAUGAAAUCCUUAAAUUUAAAUUUUCAAAUAAAUGUCUUGAUGCUUUUUUGACUAGAUACAAUUUCAGUGAAUGUCGAAGAACAACAGUUGCACAAUAUUUGGCACCUGAUUUAAUUGAAAAACAGAAUAUCUUUUUAAGUUAUAUUUUGUAUAGAAGAAUUCAACAUGAUUAUUUAUUAAAUUUUAUUGGUAAUAUGAACAAAACACCAAUGUUAUUUGAUUUAUCUAACAAUACUACUAUAGAUCACAAAG